AUGACUUCCACAAUUGGUAUUCCCAUCAAGCUUCUCAAUGAAGCUCAGGGUCAUAUCGUCACUCUCGAGAUCACCUCCGGUCAGACCUACCGUGGCAAGCUUAUUGAAGCCGAGGACAACAUGAACGUCCAGCUCAAGGACAUCACUGUCACAGCCCGCGACGGGCGCGUCAGCCAUCUCGAACAAGUCUACAUCCGCGGCAGUCAUGUGCGAUUCUUUAUUGUGCCGGAUAUGUUGAGGAACGCCCCCAUGUUCCGCUCCCGCAACGUCCGCGGCCGCGGUGUCGGUCUCGCCCGCGGUCGUGCGACAGUCAGCAGGGCGCGCGCGGGUGGUCGUGGCAGUGCCAGGUAA